UAUAAUGUUUUUCUUAUGAUUUAUUUGGACUGGCAGGUAAAUAUCUAUCGGCUGGUGACAAAAGGCUCAGUGGAGGAAGAUAUCAUUGAGAGGGCAAAAAAGAAAAUGGUUUUAGACCACCUCGUCAUUCAAAGAAUGGACACUACAGGAAAAACCGUCUUGCAUACUGGAUCUGCACCUUCUAGCUCAGCACCUUUUAGCAAAGAGGAGCUCUCUGCAAUUCUGAAGUUUGGUGCUGAAGAACUUUUUAAAGAGCCGGAAGGUGAAGAGCAAGAGCCUCAGGAAAUGGACAUUGAUGAGAUCCUGAAGAGAGCUGAGACCAGGGAAAAUGACCCUGGGCCGUCCACUGUUGGAGAGGAAUUGCUGUCUCAGUUCAAGGUUGCUAACUUCUCAAUGAUGGAAGAUGAAGAUAUUGAUAUUGAUUCUGAGCGAAGUCAACGGAGCUGGGAUGACAUCAUACCUGAAGAACAGAGGAGGAGAAUGGAGGAAGAGGAAAGACAGAAGGAGCUUGAGGAAAUUUACAUGUUGCCACGCAUGAGGAAUUGUGCUAAACAGAUAAGUUUCAAUUCUGAUAGACGGCAGAGCAGGAAUAGAAGAUAUUCUGGCUCUGACAGUGACUCCACUUCCGACCGAAAGAGACCAAAGAAACGGGGAAGACCUCGAACCAUUCCACGGGAAAAUAUCAAAGGUUUUACAGAUGCUGAGAUCCGCAGGUUUGUCAAGAGUUACAAAAAAUUUGGAGGACCACUCGAAAGGUUGGAUGCCAUUGCUCGUGAUGCUGAACUUGUGGAUAAAUCUGAACAUGACUUGAAACGCUUGGCAGAGACUGUUCAUAAUGGAUGUGUACGAACACUACGUGAAAACCCAUGUGGGCCAGAGAAAACAUCAGGAGGCAGACGAGGAAAAGUGAAAGGGCCAACAUUUAGGAUCUCUGGAGUCCAGGUUAAUGCCAAGCUUGUUAUCUCCCACGAAGAAGAACUGGCUCCACUCCACAAGGCAAUCCCUGCUGAUCCUGAGGAGAGAAAGAGGUACAUGAUUCCAUGUCACUCGAAGGCAGCACACUUCGACAUUGAAUGGGGAAAGGAGGAUGAUUCAAGUCUUCUCAUAGGAAUUUAUGAAUAUGGAUAUGGCAGCUGGGAGAUGAUCAAGAUGGACCCGGACCUAAAUCUCACACACAAGCUUCUCCCAGAUGAUCCUGACAAGAAGCCACAAGCCAAGCAGCUCCAAGCCAGAGCAGACUACCUCAUCAAAUUACUGAGCAAAGACCUGGCCAAAAGAGAAGCACAGAAACAAACUGGAACAGCUAAUUCACGGAAGAAGAAACCAAGAAGGAAAACCGUCAAAACUCUAAAGUCAAUAAAGGGGGAUGAUGUGAUCAAGAGCCCAUCUUCAGAUCUGACAUCAGACAAGAGAUCCGAUGAUGACAAUGAAAUUGAUGUGGAAAAGAGGAUGGCAACUGGGAAGGCUCCAACCAAACAUGUUCAAGAAGACACAUUAAAGGGAAAGGACGAUUAUAAUGAGGAUCAUGAGCAUCAAGCUUCUUCAUCAGAGGAGAGAGACUGUGAAGAAAAAGAGGGAAAAAAAGAGGAGGCUGAAAGCUGUGACAUUAAAGAGAGUAAGGAGCCAAUACAGAAACAGGAGGAUGACAGCGGUGAAAAGAUUGAAGUAAAAACUGAGGUACGAGAAAGGACAAAGAGAGCUUCAAACUUGUCAGUUCAGAAGGCAUAUACUGCAGAUAAUGUGCCAGUAUGUGAGGAAUCUGAGGAAUUGGACCAAAGAACUUUCAGUGUGUGCAAAGAGAGAAUGCGUCCAGUAAAAGCUGCCCUGAAGCAGUUGGACAGACCAGAGAAAGGACUGUCAGAGCGCGAGCAGCUGGAGCACACCAGACAAUGCCUCAUAAAGAUUGGGGACCACAUCACUCAGUGUUUGAAGGAAUAUUCGAAUCCUGAUCAGAUCAAGCAAUGGAGAAAGAACCUGUGGAUAUUUGUCUCUAAAUUCACAGAGUUUGAUGCAAGAAAACUACACAAACUCUAUAAGCACGCAAUCAAGAAGAGACAAGAAAAUGCCCAAACUGUGGAGCAGAACACUAGAACUGUAAACACUCAAGGCUAUAAGCAUGCAGAAGUUGAAAGACUGAAGGACAGUUCCCACCAAGAUGACAGCAGCAGAGAUAGCUACUGCUCAGACAGACAUCAGCCUUCGGGUAGAUACUCUGAAAGCAGCAGCAAUAAAGACAGACACGGCUCUGAGUACCACAAGAAGACCAGUGUGGUAGACUCCAGGAAAAGACCGUACUCUUCUUUCAGCAAUGGGAAAGACCACAGAGACCACUAUAAGGCAGACAGCCGAGACAGACAGGACAGGUAUUAUAACGACAAUAAACAUAGGAAACUGGAGGAAUUCCGCCCCAACAGAGACCAUCGGCAGGAGGUGAAGGAGCUUUCUCAUUCAGACUACCGUUCUUCCUACCGCUACCAUUCAGACUGGCAAACAGAUCAGAGAGCGUCAGCAAGUGGAACACGUUCUCCUCGAGAUGAACGCUCACCUUGUGAGUCUCACUCACCAUUUGACUACUCAUCAGACCACAAGAGUACGCCUGAGCAGAACUGGAGCAGCCGUAAGACAUAACAGGAGCUGCUUGGUUCUACAGCAACAGUCCUAAACUCGGCAACCCAGUAAAUGCCUUAUGCUGAUUAGGGUUCCCUGCCAUGAAGCUGUUUGAAGCACUCUGUUUCAGUCUCUUCAUUUCAUUAUCUCGGUAACAGUGACAGGGUCCUCAACCUGUGAACCCUGUCAGAAAAAGAAAACAGGAAGGACUUGUUGCUCCAUUAGACUCUACGGCUCUCAACAAAAUGUUACUAUCCUCAAGCUUGAAGUGGACAUAAUUGACCCUUUAUGCUGCCUCCAAUUCCUCCCAGCAAAUGACACUGGAUCUUAUUUUUGACUUCCCUCAGUGCUUGUCUUUGUAUUCAGACUUAAUGUGAUCAUGUUCCUUAUUUAAGAGUUAAGACAGUAAGAUGUCACUUCUCACGUGAACCGUGACACAUAGUGAUGUAGAACUGUCUGGUUUAAUCCAGUAUGGACUCAGGCUCAACACCUGCAGUACCUCAUUUACAUUUUUUUUUCAGUUUUUCCCACCAGCAACUUUGUAAAUUGUUUAAUAAGAUAAAUAGAAAAAUGCAACCUGGAUUUUUUUACAUAAAAUAAUGCUUUUGUACAUAUUUUUUUAUGUUUACUUCUGUAAAAUAGUGAAUCAGUGAACUGUUUCCUCAGGCUUAUUAUUAUGACUCCACAUUUCUCUUAACUCAGGCUUUUUUCAUCAUUCGAUCAGUGAGUUUUUUUGUCAGUAAUAAUCAGAAUGUAUUUGUAAUGGGGAUGCUCACUUUAUUCACUACUGCAAAGUUCUUUAGUGUAGUGAAAUGAAAAGUGGAAGCUGAUCUCCAUCACAUUUUUAUGGUGUAGUUUCAGCAAAAGCCCCUGUAAGAAUUAAAAUCAACUUGAUUUUUAUUUUUUACUUUUCAAUUUAUUUUCCAUGUAGGCAAUAAUAUUGUCAAUGUGUCUAUGCAGCCAAGUAUAUUUGUUGUGAAUCACCUAACUGAAUGAAGUCACUGUUAAGGUUUAAACUUGUAUAAAUUUCCUAUAUAUUUCCAAAGGAAUUUACACUGAAAGUGCAUGCGUUUUUAUGGGCUGUUUUUAUAUAGUUGUUUAUAAAAUCAUUAAAAUAUGUCACUGUAUUCACAUGCAAACUUUUUUUCUAACAAACUGCUGUUUAACUCUUAUUCUGUUUUGACUCAUUGUAGGUUUAGUCAGUGACAUCAGCCAUCAGAGACAUGUAACAGUAGUUUCAGGACACUUUAAUCACUUGUGAUUUCCAUAAUACAAUGGAAGAUUAAUGACCUUUGUCAUCUAAAUUUACCUCAAGUCCAGCAUGUUCAGUUUGUCAGUCAGCUACUUUGGAUGGCAUUAAAUUGGCUUCUGGUAAUAAGUAAAGAACCUUG